GGAAACACAGUAAAUCAUCAAUCACUAACAAAUAAAUAUCUAACAGUAAUAAUAAUGAAGCCACUCUUCCCACCACGCCUCCUCCUCUUCCUCCUUUCCGUCGCGGUGGUGUCCGCCCAAGACACGCCCGGCCCGACCGCGCCCGGCCCGGACGGGCUUGACCCGGCCAACCUGUACAAAGCGCUGAACAAGGACAAAGUGUUGGGCCCACACGAGAAGUUCGGGAACCCGUUCGGCAACCCGGACGACUUCAAGGGCGACAAGCUCCCCAACGACAUCGGGACCCCACAGUUCCAGGCCGCCGACCUCCACGAGUUCGUCGGCGGCCCCGCCGCCGCCCCCGUGAUCUCCCCGCCGGUGGACGACUUCCUGGGUAAGUUCGAGCUGUUCACCGACAACUCGGGAGUGUGCGCGAUGCACGCCAUCGUGCUCCCAAACUGCGACCACGUGCUCAUGUACGACGCCACCAUCUGGCGGAUCUCCAAGAUCCUACUCCCCAACGGCCAGUGCCGGGUUCUGAACGAGACCACGGGGGAGAAGGAUUGCUAUGCGCAUUCCGUUCUGCUCAACCUCAAGAAUGCUGACCUCAUCCCCCUCGAGCUCCACACCGACACGUGGUGCUCGUCGGGAGGGCUGACGGUGGACGGAAACCUGAUCAGCACCGGCGGGUUCCAAGGCGGCGCCAACACGGUCCGACACCUCGACAACUGCCCCAAGAGCGUGUGGAGAGAAUACCCUUCCGCCCUCGCCGCCCCGCGCUGGUACUCCACCCAGGCCCAGCUCGCCGACGGCCGGAUGAUCGUCAUCGGCGGCCGGGCCGCCCAGAGCUUCGAGUACAUCCCACAACAGGAAGGAACAUCCAACACCAAGCCCUUCUUCUUCGACUUCCUCCAGCAAACCACCGACCCCGACGAGAACAACCUCUACCCUUUCGUCUUCCUGUCACCGGACAAGAACGUCUUCGUCUUCGCCAACAACCGGUCGGUCCUCCUCAACCCUAACACCAACGCCGUGGUCAAGGAGUUCCCCGUGCUCCCCGGCGGCCACCGCAACUACCCGGCCAGCGGGAUGGCGGUGCUCCUGCCGCUCGAGGUGAAGACCGAGGAUCCCAACGAGGUCCCCGACGCCGAGGUGCUGGUCUGCGGCGGAUCUGCCCACAUUGAUUCGUACACGCUCGCUUCCAAGAACAUGUUCUACGAGGCGCUUCAGGAUUGCGGCAGGCUGAAGAUCACCAGGCCCAAUCCCAACUGGAGAAGGGAGCUCAUGCCUACCUCUAGGGUCAUGGGGGACAUGGUGAUCCUCCCGACGGGCGAAGUCCUCAUCGUGAACGGCGCACAAAGAGGCGCAUCCGGUUGGGGAUUCGCCCGCGACCCGAACCUAACACCGGUCCUCUUCAACUACAAAUCGCCGGACAAAGCCCACCUCUUCAGAGAGCUAGCCCCGACCACCAUCCCGAGGAUGUACCACUCCACCGCCGUCGUCCUUCCCGAGGGCAAAGUCCUGAUCGCCGGCAGCAACACCAACAACGGAUACAUCUACGACGCCAUGUACCCGACCGAGCUCCGCGUCGAGAAAUUCUCCCCUCCCUACUUCUCCCCGUCGCGGGCCGACAAGAAGCCCAAGAUCGUCGACGGCGGGUGCCCCAAGACGAUGACGUACGGCCAGCAGGUCACCAUCAAGAUCGAGCUGAACGAGAAGAAGGUGUUCCUGAAGAACUUCAAGGUGACCAUGUACGUCCCGGCGUUCACGACCCACGGCGUGGCGAUGAACCAGCGGCUGGUGAAGCUGCUGGUGAAGGACGCCGUUAACGUUGGCGAAGGGAGGUACGACGUGACGUGCAUGGCGCCGCCGAGCAGCGCGGUGGCGCCGGAGGGUUACUUCAUGCUCAGCGUCGUUCACAAUAUGCUCCCCACGGAAGCCGUCUGGGUGCAGCUCAAGUGAUCAUGGAUGUUUUCUGAUAGUAUAUUCUGGUUAUCGUGUUUUCUGUUAUGUUCUGAUUUUUUUUUUCCCGAUGUUUGGAAUAAUUGAGAGAAAAAAAGGAGAUUAUAGUAGAUAAUUGCAGACUUAGAGAGAUGAUUUUGGUCCCACAUCUCUAUACUUAAUCGAGAAAGAAAGUUUUUGUCUCUGAUUAUUAUUUAUUAUUUAGUGAUCGAGAUGAGUUGGGGCGGGUACCUCGAUAUCUAUGCCUUGUUCCAUGCUUCUGUGAGUUGGGGUGGGUAAAACCCGCGUGGUUAGCUGAGCGGGGCUGGUUGACUCACUCUUUACAUGUUAUUUGAAACGAAUACACGCUAAUUGUACUUUUUACGAUAAAAACGAAUGGGGAAACACUUUAUGAAUGAAAAAUAGUUA